GACGGAGGGAUUAAGCAUGACCGAAAUUUUAUUAUUGAAUUAUGGAUCACUUUGGUUUUUACAUUUGGCCUUUUUUUUGUAUUUGUAUUUUCUAUGACUCUUAAAACUGCUACAUUUAAUAAAAAUUGCAAUUUAGAUAAUAAACUUUGACCAUAUUUUUAACAAAUACGAGUAUUUCAUAUAGAGUAUAAAAAAUGAGAUAAUGGAAGAUGGUAGUUUCUUAAAUUUUAUUUGAAAUUGUAUUAACUCAUCAAAGCUUAUUUAUUCUUAAAUUAAUCAAAAUACAAUAAACUUACAAAAAAAAAAAAAUGUACAUAUUUCCACCUCAGACUUUCUCAGUAGAAAAAAAACCAAGUGACUUUGCCACCAUAGACUUCCUCUGUUUGAAACUUAGAGACAGGCUGUUAUUGUUUACAACAACAACAACAAAAAAAAAAAAAAAAAAAAAAAAAAAUUCUUUCACAUCAUAUUUAAGAUUCUUGACAAAAUCACAUUUAGUUGUUGGAUUAUAAAUUCCAAAGAUUGAUAUAAACCCAAUUAUGCUGCUAUUUAGAUUUCUUUGGAAAUCAUCUUUACUUUAUCAUUAGCUUGAUUCAAUUCUGUGUUUGCUGACAUUGCUGUCAAAGUCCUUGAACUUGUGCUCGUUUGUUACGUUUAUUCAAUGUUGCCUCUGAUCACUUCCAGAACCAGUAAUUUGGUUUGUCAAGAUGGUAAUCGAGGAUAAGGUAUCAUCCCCUGGAACAAUCAAUAUACCAGAGAACACCUUCACCAAUGAAAGUUCUGGUGAUGAAAAAGGAGUUUUAAGCUUAGAGUAUCCAGAAGUCAUAUCUUCUGCACAACAAUAUACUGAAGCCGCAGACAUAAUUCCAGAGGCAAGCAAAGCUGCUAGCAUGAUAGAGCUUGAUAAACCCGUGUCUUGCCCACGCUGCAACAGCAUGGAAACAAAAUUUUGCUAUUUCAACAAUAGUAAUAUUAACAAGUCUAGACACUUUUGUUGGAGUUGCCAAAGAUACUGGACUAUUGGAGGAGCUAUAAAAAAUCUUCCCAUUCGAUCAGGUCAAUGCAAGAGUAAACAUGCAUCUUCGCGUCCCCUACCUUUAACUACACCGUCUGAUAAGCUUGCUAUUGAAGAGCCUGGAAAGCUUUCAGAAACAUUUUCCAUUGCCUACAGAGAAAGAACCAGACUCGUUUCAUCGAGUUGCUCUUUGAUGAGAAACAACAAAGUUCAACAUACAAUGCAGGGUCCUCCGGAAACUCCUUAUCCUUCGAAUUUUGAUUGGAAUGAUGAAGCACUGCCAGUUCCUUGGAACAGUCCAACAGUGGGAUUGAUUCCAGGGGUUUGCAUUCCAAACUUUACCAACAGUUCAUCUCUGUCAAACUCUGCUGAAAAUAGUGGCUGUUCCGGGUAUACUUCUCCUCCAUGUUUUAGGAAGCAUUCAAGGGAUCUAAAUUCACAAGACGAAGAGAAAAAUGACAAGUGUUUAACAAAGACAUUGAGAAUAGUUAUCGAUCCUGAGGAGGCUGCAAGAAGCUCUAUACGGAGUACAUUAGGAAUUAAAUCUGGUAAAGCUGAUAGCAUUCGGAAUGGGUAUAUGUUUAGAGCUUUUCAAUUCCGGCCUGAAGAAAAUGCUGAAAUAUUAGAAGUUGAGAGGGCAUUGGAGGCAAAUCCUGUAGCUCUUUCAAGAUCACAGAGAUACCGUGAAAGCACUUAAAAAAAUACUGUGAUAGUGUGAUUCUCAACUUGAGAAUAUUGACAGUAGUUCGUGAGUCCACAUUCUAUGUACUAACAAUGUGACUCUUUUAAAGGCAUGUCUGGAUAAUUGGAGGUAAUGAAUGGAUAAUGUGGUGGAAGUGAUGGAGUAAGAAGUGGUGGACUUGUUACCCUUCAAACAAGGGUAGUAAUACUCUGCCACAGCACCACCUCGCAAGGUUAGAUACAUUAUCUCUAAUCUGAUAAUAAUAUUUCCGGCCAGCAUCCCUUGCUCCUCCAACUCGACCACCUCAUCCCAUCUACCACCUUUUAUUAGAUUCCAUAAGUUCCUUAUUAAGUUAUUAAUACCCCUUUUCAAACAUGCCUUUAGAUUAUCUGUUUGUCAUGCUUCAUUGAUUGUCUCACUGUCAAAACAAUUCCCAUGUUCUGUACAAGUAGUACGAAGUAUUUUGAACCA